CCUACAUAAUUCAAGAAUAAUAAUAAUAAUAAUAAUAAUAAUAAUAAGAGUGUUGAGCAGUUUUUUUUAAGAGUUGGAACUGUAGUGAGGUUAGUGUUGAUCGAAAUGUCAUUGCGGCGAGUAGAUGAGCAGGAAGAAGAGGAAGACGAGGAACGACGUCGUCAGAGGAAGGCUGAAGAAGCCCUCGAAGUCAAAUCCCUUCGCCGCAUCAUUAGCGCCUAUCUCAACUAUCCAGAUGCUGCAGAAGAGGAUGUCAAAAGAUAUGAGAGAUCUUAUGAUAAGCUUCCACCUGCCCACAAGGCUUUACUGUCGCAUUGCCCUUUAAAGUUUCAAAGAAUAAGACGGUGUGUCUCAAUAAAUUCAUAUUUCAUAUUCAACAUGCUUCAGGAAUUUGAACCCCCACUUGAUAUGAGCCAAGAUGUAGAUAGUGGUGAAGACUCACUUCGUGAGAAUGUCCCAAAUGGUCACCUCUUCUUGGGAGACAGGAAUGUUCACUCUUGUCAGUUGAACUCGACAAUUGGAAGCUUGUGUUUCUCCACAUCUGAUCAAGUCUGUUCUGCGGAAGGGAGCAAUGUGAUGUGCAAAUCACCCAAAUGGGACAAUACCAAUGAGGAGAUGGAAGCUGAAAGUCAUCAUGAGCCCAUCAUUGGGAGGUGUCCUCCAGGCUUCAAUUAUGAUGAAGAAAGAGAUAAAUGUAGUGGAAAUGAGAUUACUAAUUUGAAUGGAAAUGUAUCCUCGUCAUUUCAUGAGUGGUUGGAUCCCUCAUUCCAGUUGAAUGUUCCUUUAGUUGAUGUUGACAAGGUUCGUUGUGUGAUAAGGAGUAUAGUUAGAGACUGGGCAGCAGAGGGACAGAAAGAACGUGACCAGUGCUACAAACCUAUUCUUGAGGAGCUUGAUGUCCUAUUCCCAAAUCGCAAAACGAGCAGCCCUCCUUCCUGUUUGGUUCCUGGUGCUGGACUUGGCCGGUUGGCUUUGGAGAUUUCAUGUCUAGGUUUUAUAAGCCAAGGAAAUGAGUUCUCAUACUACAUGAUGAUAUGCUCAAGUUUUAUUCUUAAUCAUACACAAACUGCUGGAGAGUGGACUAUAUAUCCGUGGAUCCACAGCAAUUGUAAUUCACUUUCAGAUAAUGACCAACUUCGACCCGUUUCAAUACCAGAUAUUCAUCCAGCUAGUGCAGGAAUUACUGAAGGCUUUUCAAUGUGCGGUGGUGACUUUGUUGAAGUUUACGGUGAUCCAAGCCAAAUGGGGUCUUGGGAUGCAGUUGUGACAUGUUUCUUUAUUGAUACGGCUCACAAUAUCAUUGAAUAUAUUGAAAUCAUAUCGAGGAUACUUAAAGAUGGGGGAGUUUGGAUAAAUUUGGGUCCCCUACUAUAUCACUUUGCGGAUAUGUAUGGACAAGAAGAUGAAAUGUCCAUUGAACCGAGUUUGGAAGAUGUGAAGAGCAUAGCAUUGAAUUAUGGAUUUCAGAUUGAGAAGGAGAAGACUAUUGAGACAACAUACUCUACAAAUCCUAAAUCAAUGAUGCAAAACCGUUACUAUGCUGCUUUUUGGACUAUGAGAAAGAAAUCAGCAACAGCGAAGGAGGUUUCACUUAAUUAAUUAAUUAAUUCUCUGGCUUCAAAUUCUCAAGUGUUAUAAGACUUACAGCUGGCUUUUCAAGUUUUUAUUAUUAUUUUUAUUUACUUAUAAAGGGUAUAUAUAUCAUAGUAUAAUUUUCAAUAAUUACAAAAUGGAGUCAAAAAGUGUAGGCAUGAAUGCAUCAAUUAAUUUUUAUUUAUAAUUGUAAGAGUUUCUUAGAAA